AUGGUUCGUAUGAUCUUUAAUGGUUAUGCAAAAUCAGCGAGUCUGAAUGUAGACGAUAAGGAUUACCAUAUCAGAUUUGAUAACGAAUUAUUCUUUUGUGCUGGAGAUAUUGAAGUUGGUCUGUCCGGAUGCUUACGUGGAAUCUACGUUGAUUAUUUUGAUGUAAUCGAUGGUUAUGAUAAACAUUCAUCGAAGGUAAAUGCAAAUGCGGAAUUGAAAAGUUGUGACAGAAACGUUUUAAUUACCGUAACAGCUCCGGAUACUGAAAUUUUGCCAGUGCUAAAUACCGGUGAGAUAUUAUUGGAUGGAACUACAGAGGAGCAAAUAGAUGGAUAUAAUACUGGAUUAGGAUAUGAAUUUGGACUUGAUCAGGAACAUGAUCAAGUAAAUAGUGAAAUGGAACAUCAUUAUCACAAUCAGAUGAGGCCAGAAAUUGAUGAUGACAAAACUGUUGCAUUCAAGGAAGCUAUUCGAUGGAAAGCUAUUAUAGAAACACCGAUGAAGCAAUUUUGUGAAAAUAGCGAGACAACAAAUUGCAAAAAUUCAAUUGAAUGUAUAAAAAAAGAUGACUUACCUGUUUGUGUAUGUCGAAAGGGAUUUGUGGGAUCAUCCUGUCAAUUUUCACUUUUACCGUGGAAUUGCGAUGAAAUAUUCCGUGAUGGUAAUACCGUAUCAGGAACGUACAUUAUUGAUCCCGAUGGUUCCGGUCCACUACCGGAAACAUAUGCUUAUUGUGAAAAUGGCAAAACAAUCAUUGCACACAAUAUGCCUGAUAAUACGAUAAUUAAUAGCAAAGGAUUAGGUGAUAUUCAUAUGAUAGUUAAUUAUAAAUUUUUCAACGAUGAAUUGCUGCAAAGUUUGAAGAGAAAUUCUGAAUCCUGCUCACAAAUAGUACAGUAUAGUUGCCAUACGGCACCACUUAGAUUUGAUAGAAUGAAAAUAUGGUUCAAAUCGAUCUCAAAUGAAUUCUUCCGAGGAUUUGGCGGAGUUGACGGGACAUGUCCGUGUCAAAAUGAUAAAUGUACAAGAUGUAAUUGCGAUAACGAUGAUGUCGCAAGUGAUUACGGUACAAUGACAGAUAGUGAAGUGCCAAUUCGAGGCAUUUAUCGAUUAAAUGAUCUAUCAGUUGAUAAAGGUUACAUGACACUUGGACCACUGAUUUGUGUCGGAAGUGCGGGCCAAUCUGAUGCAUACACAAUGACAAUUCGAGAUCGAUUUAGCUCGGUAGAAAUUGGCACCUGGAAUGUUAGCACGUUAAGUUUUGAAUUUCGUACUUACCUUGAAAGUGCUACUUUACUCUCAUCGAGUGAUGAAACCAUUACGAUCACAAUGCUGGAACGAACAUUUUAUUUGCAAAUUGACGGUCAAAUUAAUUUGUCACUUAUUCCACAAUCAAGAAAAAAUGAUGGAUAUUGGCAUCGGAUUAUCGUAGAUAUUCGUGAUGGAUCGGUACGAUUCUCAGUAGACGAUACGAUAAUAACGACAAUAAUUAAGCAUCACUCAUUUAGCAGUGUACAUUUAAGUAUUGGUGGUGGCACUGAUGGUUUCUUGGGUUGUAUCCGUCAAAUAAUUUUAAAUGAUACACUUCAAGAAAUACAUCAAACAUUACGAAGUAAAUGUAUGAAUAAAUGUGAAUCACAUGACUGCCAACAUGAAAGUCGUUGUGAGGAAGAUUUUGUAACCGAUACAGUACGUUGUAUUUGUAAGAAUGCUAUUGUACAUUCAGGACAUUUAUGCGAAAAUAGUAUUAAUUAUGGAACGGAAGUAAGUUUUCACGAUUCAAAAAAAGCAUUCUUGAAAGCUGAAAAUAUUAGUAUUGAAAAUGCAUUGAUGCAACGGAUUAUAUUCAGCUUUCGUACUGAUCAACGUGAUGCUUUACUAAUUUACCUUCAUGAUCAGUUAUACAACUUCGUACAGGUACACUUAUCUGAUCAUUCACGUAUGGUACUAACGCUUAACUUCAAUCGCACCAUUUAUCGCUGUGAGGUUAUCGCUAAAAUUGGAAAUGAAUAUAGCCGAAUGAAAUGGAUUCAAGUGAUGAUAUUUCAAUGGUCCGAUUCUGUUGAAUUAAAUGUUAAUGACGAAAUAUGUCAAAUUGCCGGAGAGCGCAUCCUUUCCAACAAUUUUAUUAAAAAAUUCGAAAUUACACAGGAUAUAGGCGAUAUUAUUCAACCACCGGUUUCACCAAUAACUGAUCAUAGCAUUGCUUUCAAUUAUCCAUACGUUUUAUUAUUCGUCGCUGGUGUACCAACUGAAAUUCAUUUCGGUAACCUGGAACCGAUUUAUCGAUCGACUAUUCCGAAUUUACUUGGUUGCGUGCGUGGUUUAAUGAUUAGCGGGAAGCUAAUCGAUAUGCGUAAUCAACAUUAUUGGUCUUACUAUCCACCUAAACCAGAUCUAAUUAAAUUUGGUUGCAAAAUGGGUUGUCAAAAAAUUGAACAUUUAUGCAAAAAUGGUGGUCAUUGUUUGGUGGAAUGGGAAAUGACGAAAAAUACUGAAAAUAUUGUUAGUUGUAAUUGUGCUCGAACAUCAUAUUACGGUAAAUACUGUGAUGAAGAUAAUGGAGCAUAUUUUGCGGGUAAUUCAAUAUUGAUAUUAGAUACUGCCGAAAUAUUUGAAAAAGUGAUCUUUGAUUGGAAUGAAGCUGACGAACAGACAUUCAGUUUUGUAUUUUCCACAACAAAUACGGCAAAAUCGACAAAGCUAACAAAACCACAAAUAGUCGCAACAAUUUAUUUUAAGCAUAACAGGAUGCUGCAAGUAAUAUUAUGCAAAAAUGGUUCAAUAAAUAUUGGCAUAACAUCGAGCGAAUUGUCAUUUGUUUACACAUUUCCAUACAAUUACAACGAUGGUUAUCGACAUUACCUCCAUUCGAGAUUCCGAGCCAAUAAAUCACUGAAAGUGACGAUUGAUUCAUGGAAAUAUGAUUUUCCAUCAUAUUUAACGGCAGAUUUGUCACUUGCAUAUGCUAUUAAAUUUUCUUUCGGUGGGUCAUACAUUACGGAUAUUUCAGAUAUGACAAGAGGUGAUAAAGAAACAAUAAAGUAUAACUAUACUGGUUGCUUAUCAAAUAUUGAUAUUGAUGUAAAUGUCGCACGUAUGCGUCUUAAGCCCAUUUCAUAUUUGUAUAAAUCGGAACUUAAAUUUGCUGAAUCAGUGACAAUUAUUGGUGAUAAAAUUCAAUUGGGUGCAUGUAAUUCAUUUUUAAUUCCUGGAAGUUUACCACCACUACUAAACACUGUGGAAGCACCACUUUGGGACUCACCUUUUAUCACUGAACCUUAUCAACGACCAAAUGAUAAUGAGAUGAAUGUGGGAGAAGCCGAAGAAUCCGAAUUUCCGUCCAAAGAUCCGGAAAGUUCACCGUUAAUUUCGACUAAAAAUGAUAAGCAAACACUUGUAAUCAAAAAUGAUUUUGAUUUACCGGAACCUGAUCAACAACUUGAUACUGUACUACCGAACCGGAACUCUGGUGACUCACAGUCAAUAAAAUCAAGAAAUGCUUCUUUGACUGUAGAAACAGCGGUAAUUACAAUUCAACAAGCGGCAAUCAAUUCAAGAGCUUCGAUUAUUAGUGGUAUAAGUGGUGUGACAGCGUAUUUUACUGCAAAUACAGGAUUUGAUACUGAUGAUGAUGAUGAUUAUGAAGAUUUUGCGCAUCACUCCCAGGCUGAUGAUAACGGUGAUAACGACGAUAACUGUCACGAUGAUAUGUUAAGAAAUUGUAAGGUGGAUGAUAGUUUGGAAUCAAAUUGUGAGAAGUUAUGCAGUUAUUCAACAACUUCACCAAGAUCACCUACAGCCAAAGAUAAAAUGCCAAUGGUACUAUCUUGUUCAUCGGUGUCAUUAGAUGUUUAA